AUGGCGCUGAGGAUCUCCAUGCGGCUUCUGAGUGGAGCGGCCUUGACCGAGCUGGAAGUUGCCCCAGACAUGAGGAUUGCAGAGCUCAAGAGCCAGAUGCAGCGGUGGAAUCCAUGCGAGGAUGAAGUCAUGCGUAAACUUACCUCGGUUGACUUGGUCUUCGGGGACAGGUACCUGGAUGACAUGGAGACGGUCCAUGAGGUCGGGUUGCUUCCAGGGGCAGAAGUUCAAGUCCUUUUUCGGCAUGUGCCGCCGGUGAUCUGCGCGUAUAAAGACGAGGCACCUUGCGAUGCUCGUUCGUUGAUUUUUGUGCGCAUUCCUCCGGGAGUAAGAAGCAUUCGGUCGGGGGCUUUCCAGAGUUGCGGCUCGCUGGUGCGGGUGAUCAUCCCAGAUUCCGUGACCUACAUUGGGAAUAACGCCUUUAGUGGUUGUGACUCUUUGAUCAGCGUGGUCAUACCGGCUUCCGUCAGCCGCAUCGCUCAUGCAGUUUUCAGCGGCUGUACUUCUCUAAGGUCCUUGAUCAUGCCUGAGACGGUGCGCACAAUUGGAAUGGGUGCAUUCAAGGGCUGCACGUCUUUGACGUUGACCAUCUCAGCAUCUCUGUCCAGCAGCUUGUCUGGCUUCAAUGACUGCAGAAUCAACACGAAAGAGUACAGAUGUCGAGAAUGCAACGUGGAGUGGUUCGAGGACGGAUGGGUAUGUCCUGCAACAUGGCGGCGCUGGCAACACGGUAAAUACCACAAGUACAUUUCCGUAAUAAGCAGGUCCUAUUACUGA